CCUCUCCUUUGUCCGCUCCGGCCCGCCCGCCGCCGAGCUCCUGGCCCCCGGGCCGGCUGCCCGCGGCGCUCGGUGCCGGCUGGGUGCCCAGGGGGCGGGGGCCGCGGCUCGCCCCCCGCGGAUGAGCCGCCACGGAGCGCGGGCGGACGAUGGAACUCCACAUCCUGGAGCACCGGCUGCAAGUUGCCAGCGUCGCCAAGGAGAGUAUCCCGCUCUUCACCUACGGCCUGAUCAAACUUGCCUUCCUGUCCUCCAAGACCAGGUGCAAGUUCUUCAGUCUGACCGAGACGCCGGAGGACUACACCAUCAUUGUCGAUGAGGAGGGCUUCCUGGAGCUGCCGUCCUCGGAGCACCUGAGCGUGGCAGAUGCCACCUGGCUGGCCCUCAAUGUCGUGUCAGGUGGUGGCAGCUUUUCUAGCUCCCAGCCCAUUGGGGUGACCAAAAUCGCCAAGUCAGUCAUCGCGCCGCUGGCCGACCAGAACAUCUCCGUGUUCAUGCUGUCCACCUACCAGACGGACUUCAUCCUGGUACGUGAGCGGGACCUGCCCUUUGUCACCCACACCUUGUCGUCAGAGUUCACCAUUCUGCGGGUCGUCAAUGGUGAGACGGUGGCAGCUGAGAACCUUGGCAUCACCAAUGGUUUCGUGAAGCCCAAGAUGGUCCAGAGGCCCGUCAUCCACCCACUGUCCAGCCCAAGCAACAGCUUCUGUGUCACCAGCCUGGACCCCGACACGCUGCCUGCUGUUGCCACACUCCUCAUGGAUGUCAUGUUCUACUCCAACGGCGUGAAGGACCCAAUGGGCGCCAGUGACGACUGUGGCCAUAUCCGCUUCUUCUCCUUCUCCCUCAUUGAGGGCUACAUCUCCCUGGUGAUGGACGUGCAGACCCAGCAGAGGUUCCCUAGUAACUUGUUGUUCACAAGCGCAUCUGGAGAGCUCUGGAAGAUGGUGCGGAUCGGAGGACAGCCCCUGGGAUUUGAUGAGUGUGGCAUUGUGGCCCAGAUCUCCGAGCCCUUGGCUGCUGCAGACAUCCCUGCCUACUACAUCAGUACUUUCAAGUUCGACCACGCACUGGUACCAGAAGAAAACAUCAACGGCGUCAUCAGCGCCCUGAAAGUCAGCCACGGGGAGAAGCAUUAGAAGGGCCUCUGGCUCCUCCCGUCCGGCCCAGCCCCUGCCGGAAGAUUCUUGCAGUAUUUCUCAACAAACUGGAAAACCGGCCCAGGUCCCUCAAAGGAGGGUCUUCAGAGACACCCCCAAUUGCUGACUCUGCCAGGCCUGGAGCCCAAGCCAGGACCUCCCCAUGUCCUCCUGCCUUGUCAGCGCCCCCAUACCCUCCAGAGAACACGCCCCAGCUCUUCCCCAACCCUCACUCCAGGAAUUGAUGCCUGAGGCCCAGGGAGCUGAUGAGCUGACCCACCUCCUCACCCGGCCUCACCCACAGCCAGGGGCAGACGCCAACGUUGUAAGCUGGCACCUCCUACAAGACACUGGGGUACCAAUUCGCAUGUUAUCUUGGGGGGCAGGCCGAGGGGGACUUGAGUUCAUGGAGGCUGGGAAGGCCUCCGCGAGGGCAGGAAGCUGGAUCCUGUGGUUGCUGGUCUCUGGUUCCAUCAGCUCAGGGCUGGUUCCCGGAGUGGAGGCCGGUGGGCGACCCUCAGGGUUUGUGCUAGUGAGGGUCCCGCAGAGCUCGGGCGGGGCCCCGAGCUGGGGAAGACCCGAGCCACCCAGAACCUCAUCUGCCAACCACAGGGCCUGUGUCUCCCAGCUCCCACAAGCCUGCCAAGGGGGCCUGCUCGGACCCUCCCCACCACAGGCACGCACUCCUGGGAGGUGGUUCCCCAGAGACCCACCAGCCUCAGUCAUGAGCUCCUGUCGCCUCUGCUUCCCUGGACCCCCUCAGGCAGGCCGAGCCACAAUUUUCCCCAAGUGGGGGUACUCCCAGCAUCCUGGGCCUGGGGUUUCUUAGGUCACCCCCACCUCCCCAACAGUUGACUAGACCAGCACAGGGCUCCCGUGUCAUCCUGUCCCCUCCCUUGCCCACUUUGGGGGACAUGGAAGGCCUCUGCCCCCCAACUCACCUGCCUGCCCACCCCUCCGUGCGGGGCCUGUGGCAUCAUGAGUACUUGAUCUGGGAGGCAGCUUAUCUGAGCCUUAAUAGAGAAAACUGUACUUCACUUUAGUUUCUUAUUUAACGUAUCUGUGCCCAGGCUGUGGUUGGCAGCCAUUUCCAGAGAGGCCUGCGGGUUCUGUCGGGUCCCAGAGGCUCAGCGUCACUCGGCUGCUGCCCUGUGGCUCCAGGGCAGGCACGAGAACCGGGAGCCUUGGCCCUCUCUGGAGCAGGACACUGGGAACAGAGGUCAUACUGGACGGGCCCCAGGGCGCAUCGCACAGGGCCACCCAGCCGGGCCUCGUGACAGGUACCCAGGCAGCUGUGGUUCUGAGUGUCGGGACCUGAGGGCCACAGGCCACAGGCAGGUGGACAGCCAGGUGGCAAGCCAGCUGAGGCAGGCUGGUCCCCUGGAGGCUGCCCAGCAGAAUGGGGUGUGCCCCCGGGCCGCCUCUCCAGCUGGGGGAGCUUCCUGAGUGCAUGGGGCCCUUCCUGGGGCCCCUCCUCGGGCAUCAGCUGACCUGUGUUGUCCCUGAGAAGCUUGGGGGGGUGUCCUCGGCCUGGUGUGAGCCCCACCCCCUUCUCGAGUUGCGUGGGGCCCUAGGAGCCCCAGACACGGUAGCUGUGGGUCUCAGGGCCCACGCACUGACUAGGAACCCACCAUUUUUUUUAUAAGUUAAUUCAUUUUGCACAAAACUCCGUAACAACCAAAACGUGUAAAUGAUUUGCUGGUUCCAAAAUAGGGGUGGCCACGUGGCCACGGCAGCACUUGAAGCCGAUUCCCCUUUCUGUCCUUGGGAGGCCUUGGCUUCUGUGGCGCCUCUCCGGGCCCCUCCCCGUGGGCCCCUCCCCCUGUCACUUGGCCUUUCCUCCCCCCCAGCAGAUGUGUAGGCCCCGCGACCCCAGAACGCGUGCUCCCCAGGCCCCUAGGGCGUAUAUUGUACACACGUAUAAAUACCUGUGUUUUAUGUUGAUAUAGAUAUAUACUGUAAAUAGCAUAUAUACUUGAGCAAUAUAUAUGUUAAUAUAUACUGUGUGGGCACGCACACGCGUGUGUGUGCGGUACGUGGACGCAGACCCCACUGUGUGUGCGUGUGUGUGGGCGUGGGGCCUCCGCCCGCCGUGUCUGCCGUGCACACAGGCACGUUUGAGCCACCGUGUAUUUUUAAUUCAAGUAUACAGGCAAUAUGACCUUGAGAGAAGCCGGCCGCUGCCUCAGUCCUGACUUGAAAGAAAAACAAAACCAGCAGCCCAGGCGCUGAGCCCCAGGUGGGGGUGUCGAGGGUUCUCCCCACUCUCCGCAGUCUCCCCUGAAAGCUGGGUUCAGCCCCUUCUCAUCUCCAUGGUCACCCACACCCUGUGUUUGGAAGAUGGCAGAGCAGAGAGGAGUCGGAGCCUCUCGACCAGAGCACCCUCUCCCAGGUCCCCCGGCCUGAAGCCCAGGCCCGCUGAGUGGUCACCCCGAGUCUCCUUCCAGGCCCGCUCCCCUCGCGUGGCGGUUUGUGCUGAUGGCUCACCUGGUUUUCAGCUGCAGGCCCAGAAACCUCAGGUUCUGUUCUCAGGUCUCCCCUGGGGGCCGGCCCUGUCCGCCUGGGCAGAGGACCUGUGUGCCCUUGACGUGGUGUCCAGGGAGGGGUGGGGCAGCUGCCAGCGGGAACCCCCUUUCUCAGCCCCGCCCUGUCCUCUGUGUGUGCCUGUGAUGAGUCGGCUGCCGUUUGGUCUCCACAGCAUCGGUGGGGACAGUGCUUUUCCCCUUGGCCAGCUGCUCACCGCCCACCCCGUGCCCGCCAUCUGCAGGUUUGCUGGGCGUGGGGUCUCCAGACCUGCCCGCGAGGACGUCUUGGCUCUGGCUGGCGGGCACGCAGCCGGGGCGGGAAGUGGGCUCUUGGGCACACUGCCCGCGGUGAGCAGGCCUCUGUCUUUGCUCCAGUACCACUCCCUGGAAUGAAGCUUCAACGGUCUAAAUGCCACCUCGCCCCGGCCCACCCCACCCCACACACUACAGAAUGGGGAGAGCUCGAGGAGGGAAGGGGGGGAGGGUGCCACAGCCGCCCCUCUCCUCCGUCCCCACCUGAGAAGCCUGCCUCCGCUCCAUCCUCAGCCUGGGCUCCCCUGGCUCCCAGGAAACCACUGCCCCCUUGGCCCGUCCGACCCAGCCAAGAUGGGCCGUGUCAGCCCCUCCCCGUCUCCAGAGCCCUGCAGGCCUGCCCACACCACUGCCCUCAGCCCAGGGCGACACCCAAGCUGGAGAGGCUGCCGACCUCUCCGCCCCGGGAUUCAGGGGGUCAGGAGCCCCCAGCACCAGCAUUCUCC